UCUGCAAUGAGACGGGAUCUGGCUCUCCUCCUGAACAAUGUUGCACGUAAGGCAAGAUCUUUAAUUGGUAACUUCACAACUAAUUUGGCGGAAUGCUGGAUGCAUAUGCGAACGAAAUUUGAUGGUGGAAAGAUGCUAAAUCACUGUAAUAGAGGAUCAUGGCAUACAAGAUGCUAUGCCACUGCAUUAAGAUUCAACAAAGGGCCAACUUGGUCUCCAAAUGUGUGGGAGCAAGCUACUAAAUCAACACCUGGUGUAUAUUUUGAAAAGCUUUAUGAACAGCGGAAACAAUGUAUCAACAAUAACAAUACCACCAAAGACAAGUGUAGUAUCAAACAAAAUCGAUGGAAAAGAAAAAUGUCUUCAAUAAAAGAAUCAAAUACAAAGAAAGCAAAACAACAUUAUGGAAAAGAAUCUUUACAGGUUGAACCAGAUAUUACGUCGGAAGAAUUCGAAAAAUUAAAAGUAAAUUAUUUGAAUAAAAACAUAGACAUUCCUGAAGCUGAUAUCAUCAAAAUUGAAAAAAAAACGACAUUGCAACUAUGUUCUGAAAUUUGGAAAGAUGAAAGAAAAAAACGCAUAACAGCAUCAAAUUUUGGCUCAGUUGUAAAAAGAAAUUCAAAAAUUAAAAUAGCACCAUUGAUUAAACAACUCCUAUACAGUACGUUCAAAGGCAACAAAACUACAAGAAUUGGAAUAAAAGAGGAAAAAGUUACCAUCACUGAGUAUGUAAAUAUUAAACAGAAAGAAAAUAUACACACCAAAGUUGAACAAUCAGGACUUGUCGUUGACAAAAAUCAUAAAUUUUUAGGAGGAAGUCCUGAUGGAAUAGUUAUGGAAAACAAUGCUAAAGGACUUAUUGAAAUUAAAAAUUUAGUUCAUGACAAGAAUAUUAACUUGACACAAGCUUCAAUGUCAGUAAAAAACUUUUGCCUUGAAAAGAUAUCGAACAAUUUAAAACUUAAAACAAACCAUAACUAUUACUUUCAAUGCCAGGGUUUGUUGAAUGUAUGUAAUUUACCGUGGAUAGAUUUUGUCGUGCGAACAUUAAAUCCAUAUGAUAUACAUAUAGAACGAAUAUAUAAGGACACAAUACUUUGGCAAACCAAGAUGAUACCUAAACUAACAGCAUUCUACCAUAAUGCUUUACUUCCUGAGUUAGUUUCACCACGCUACAAAAAAUAUCUUGGAAUAAGAGAACCUGGCAUAUGGUACACUGAGGUACCAUAUUUAGGAAGCAUUUCAAGCCAACAGACAUCUGGUAAAGUGAAGACAAGACGUAGAAAACCCUUGACAGUCGAAAGUGACACAGAGAUAGAUGAAGCAGUGGUAAAAAAUACCAGUAAAGCUGCUAAAAGAUCAAAACGCAAAUGUUCUGGACCAAAAUUUGUUGGGAGAGAAAUAUUACAUGAAUGGGUGGAGGAAAACAACAACAGAAAGUGGUAUACAGGCAGGGUAAUUUCUGUUAUCCAGAAUGAAGAUGGAGACAAAGAUGCUGUAUAUGAAGUUUUAUAUGAAGACUGUGAUGAACCUUAUGAAAUUGAUCAUUUGCUAGAGGAUUUUACAAAUUCCUCUUUGAAAUUGAUUGAUUUAUAGAUUUUUAGAAGACAGAAGAUAUACAGGGCAUUUUUUCUACAAAAGGACUUACAUUUGGUAUUAUAUUUCUUUUACUUGACAUUUAAUAUUUAAAUCAAUGUAACACUAUGAUAGUAAUGACCAUGAUGAACACAUUGAUAUGUAAUAAGUCAUAAAUUGUUUGGCAGAAAUAUUUUUAAAUGUUUUUUUUUUUUAUUUUUUCAAAAGUUUGUUAUAAUGAACCUUAA